AUGUAUCAUACAGUUCGUAUCCGUGAUCUUGAACCGCAAUCGCUCGCCACGAGCAGUAAUCAAAAGGUUAGUAGAUGUAAAUACAAGAACUCAUCCAUAUCGGAACAAUAUUGGGCUAAAUCGAUACAAGCGUCAAGAGUUUAUGAUGACUUCAAAAGCUUCUCGAAUAAAAACAAAUAUCGACAAGCUUAUUUCCAAGCAAAUGGACCUCAUACACAUAUCAUUCAGGGGGGUCAUGCUUUAUUUGAAGCUUAUUUAGCCGCUUAUAAUGCACAUGAAGAUAUCGUCUUAUCGCCUGAUGACAUUUGGCUUAUGAUCAAUAUUUACUAUGCUCGCUAUGUUGUUGAUCAUGCCGAACAGAUGCGGGAUUUGUUUGUUGAACAUACAGGCAAGAAAGAACUUGUUGUUGCAAUAGAUGCUAUGGAACCCGAUUGGCCGAAUUUCUUGAAUGGAAUGCAAGUCGAAAUCGGUAAACACGUAAAAAAUAAUAUUGUUGAUAUACUUACAUCAAAUUUUUCAACAACGAAAUAUGUUGAAAAACUUCUGUCGUCCGUAUGCAUUAUGCAUACUUUCAAAAAAUAUUUUGACUACACUCAAUUAGUGUGUGGGUGUGGAAUACGAAAUGUACAUUUUAAAGGUACAUUACAAGAUUGGGAAUUACUACGCGAAAAGACGGAGAAUUUGAAAAAAUUUACUCUACCUUCGUCACAAAACAAUUCCUCUAGAGAAAAUUUUCGUGAAUAUCUUGAUGGAGUCUUGCCCAUUUUGGAUCAAUUUAUUCAAACGUAUAAAGGUAAUGUAGAUAAUAAUUUCUGGGAUGCUAUUUUCGAUUAUACCAAAAUUGGUGUGCCUGGUCCUUCAGGUAUUCGUACAAUACAGAUAGAUUGUAUCCGUGGUUGGUUUCUUCGUCUUUGUUUUGGUUGUCAUUGGGCUGAUCAAAAUUCGAAAGGCAUACCUUUGGAAAAAAUUGGUUUAGAUACCAUUUCAGUGCCCGUGAAAUUAAUCGAAAUACCUAAAGAUAACAAAGAAACAUCAUGUUAUGUUGUUGGUGGUUUUCAUGGAAUUCAUUCGUCAGACGAUGGUAAACAUCAACCAGUAAUGAGUCUUGCUGUUUUCGAAGAAGAAGAAGAAGAACGAAAAUUAGGCCAUCAAUCGAAAGCAGACUCUUCUGAAGACGAAUAUUUCUAA